UGUAAGACAAUGUUUUCCUCUUUCAAAACUGCCUUAAAAGUUAACAAAAGGGGCGUUAACUGAAUGUUUUAAGUAAUUUGUGCAUUUAUCGACAUAAACGUUUUUAUUUUUAAAAAUCAGGGUCUUAUGGUUUCGUUUUUUUUAAACGCAAUUUGUAUGCUGUUAACGUUGAAUUGCAGACUGUCCCAUGUUUGGAUGACAUGAUAAGGGCUAUGUGAGUUGUUCUGGACCAAAGCAUUUUAUGUACAUAAUUUAUACACUGUAUAUAUUGUACAUAUUAAACUUAAAUUGCGAUAUAAA